AUGGACAAAAUGGAUUUUGAUCAGGAGACUCUGGUGCACAUUAAUGACUUCGAGCUACACAACUUUGUGGAAGAUCCCAACUUAGAUCAGUUUAUCAAUUUGAUUCGUGGGGAUAACAAUGAUACUAUCUGUAACUUCAAUUCCGAGCUUAUCAAUGACUGCUUCAUUGACAACUCCAUCCUCUCAUAUCCUUCAAUCCCUUUUGAUCAGUGCAAGAGUGAUUCUGUUAAUGUUUAUGAUCCAAGCUCUACUACACUUAGCUCCUUCUCUUGUUUUGAUGGGGAAGCCAAGGGAGGAGAAGAAGAAAAUGACAUGGAGGAUUCUUCUGCAAUAACAAUCACCACAACAGCAACUAAGAGUAUUACUACUAAGCCAAGAAGAAAAACUGAUAGGUCCAUGACUUUGAUUUCUGAGAGGAGGAGAAGAGGGAGAAUGAAGGAGAAGCUUUAUACAUUGAGGUCUUUGGUUCCCAACAUAACUAAGAUGGAUAAGGCCUCUAUCAUUGCAGGACUUGAAACAUCCUUAUUGAUGUCCAAAAAUUAUCAAGGAUCAGGAGAAAAUCCCAUUAACUUUCAAUUCACCAACAACAGCCUUUCAAUCUGCAACUGCAAGAAGAUCAUCCAGAUGGACAUGUUUCAAGUGGAUGAAAGAGGGUUUUAUGUGAAAAUAGUAUCCAGUAAAGGAGAAGGUGUGGCAGCCUCAUUGUACAGGUCUCUUGAAUCUCUGACUGGCUUCAAUGUUCAGAACUCAAAUUUGGCCACUCUUCGUGAUAGUUUCCAACUUACAUUUUCAUUGAAUGCAAAAGGCUCUGAGCCAGAAAUUAACCUGCCCAACUUGAAGCUAAGGGUGACUGGAGCUUUUAUGAACCAAGGCUUUGAAUUCAUACCUUUUUUUCAUGCUUGA